AUGGAUUAUAGACAAUAUACUGACAGCUCAAUUAAAUGCUAUGCUACACUGGAAAAUCCUAAAAAUUCUUCAGCCGAUGACAGAAAUAAAUUUCCCACCCACCGUGAUCUACUGAAAGGCAACCGAAUGAUUGCCAAUGAUGUUAAAGAUAGAAAAGGAGAAUUACAAGUAACAGCAAUUGGACAGGUCGCACUUCCUCCUACGAAGGCACAAUUCAAGAUUACCAUCUGUAGUUGUAAAGGCAACUUUUCCGAUGCAGAAACUAGCACCAACAGGCGAUUGGAAUACGUACUUCAGACUUUGCACAACAACGGAUUAAAAGAUGAUUGUAUCGAUAUUUCCAACAAUAUUAACAGAAUAGAGAAAUCCAAAUUUUUAAUCAAAACGGAAAUUGUCGCCCACUUGACAGAUUUUAAAAAGUGUGAAAUCUUAAGAAAUUUCUUCGUUUCUAAACUCGAUGAAAGUGUAGACGUUAGUAGGAUCGUAUACCUACACGAUUCGUUUAAAGCCACUAAUCUGAGACAGCAAGCGUUAGUGGCUGCAGUAAAAAGUGCUCAGGCUAAGGCAUCUGGUAUUGCUAAUAUAUUUCGUGGCACAGUUGGCCAACCGAUAUUUAUCAAAGAGGUCCAUUCCGACGAUUGGUUAGUAAUGAUUUCCAAUAUUUACAUGCCUAAAUCGUUGGUUCUUACGGUAACACGUAGCGUGGAUAGAAUGGGAAAAUAUCCAAGUAUUGCUGCUUCACCGCUUUUAUACGAAAAUUGA